AUGCGGCCUCCCCGGAUUGCCAUUCUCGUCCUCUUCUUUUCUGCCUCGUUCUUCCUCUCCUGCCGGUCCAUCAUCUCGUUCCGGCAGGCAAGGCGAGCAGUAACGCCGCUCUCCUCUCAGACGUCGUCAUUCCGAACCUUCUUUUCCUUCACGGCACCAUUCUCCCUGUUCCCGCCGAACGCCGCGAUCAGUCUUACCGACGACAACAGUACAUUCUUUGCUGCCCGCCCUGCUGCAUUUGGGCCUCUGUUGCCAGUGAAAGGGCUCAGCGGGCAGCUAUGGAUAGGCAGCGGGUUCGCCGACGAUAAUCUUCAAGCAGGGGAGGGCGAGGGGGAGCUUGGCUGUAGCGACGUUGAUGGGUGGGAAGAUGGAAAGUCGGACCUCAUGACCAAGGCUGCCGAACAAGCGCUGGCGGCAGACAGAUCGCCCGGAGCCACCGUCCGGGCGAAACCCUCGAGGCGUGAAUAUCUAGGGUCAGGCGCUAUACUUGAUCGGAAAGCCAUAUUGAAGAGACGCCCUGGAGCCCAAAAUGCCCCGGUUGACGAUGGGACGGACGACUACCUUCAUCUGUCGAAGCAUCCCUACAACGUACCCUCGGCAAACUCGGUUUCAAGUCAUGCUGAUAUUCAGUCGAUUCAAGAGGGAGCAGAAAUAACUGGCAAGAUUGUCUUGCUGAGCCGCGGCGGUUGCGGGUUUCUGGAGAAGGUCAAGUGGGCGCAGCGGCGUGGUGCCAUCGCUCUCAUUGUGGGAGACAACCAGAAGGGCGGGCCGUUGAUCCAGAUGUUUGCGAGAGGGAACGUCGAUAACGUCACAAUACCCUCGAUUUUUACGUCAAGAACAACCGCCCAUAUCCUCUCAUCACUGGUACAGCCUGGGAGUUUCAUCGAAGAUAUCCUAGACGAAAGUGGGAAACCUCUCUUGAAAGUCCAGAAAUCGGGCAAGGCGAGGAAGAACAAAAAGACCGAGCAGACCGCACACACUGCCCCAAGAGAAAAGGCACAUAAAUCGAACUCGGCCAAAACGUCUGCCCCUCUGGAACGCGCGUCAUCUUCGACAAACAAGCUGAAUGCAUCCCAAAGGAGUUGGAUUUCGCGGCUUCUUCAGUGGCUAAGCGGCAAAGGUGCCGAGUCUGAUAAGAACACGCCUAUCAAGGACAGUAAGACAUCAAUGGCCAGUGCAGGUGGUCCCCAGACUGCCGGCUCAGAGAACCCGCAAGGGGACGGCUUCCAUACUGGAGUGCACGACUGGCGUGACCCGGACCUCGUUGGGCCACCGGCUCAAGGUAGCAAGGCUUCUUUCACAAGCGGGAAUGAAGACCUAGCCGGCGGUGAUUCCCCGGCUACCGAAACAGCCGGCUAUGCGAACCGGGGCGGAAAGACGGAAGUUGAGGGUCCUUUGUCGGGCGCCAAUGAACCACUCGGGAAUAGCAUCAUUCCUGGGAGUGAUGACCGAACCUCUGAAGCUGACGCAGAUUUCAGGAGCUCAGGACCCGGGAAACCGGUCGACUCUGGAACUCAUGGAGGGCUGAUCUCCAAGAUUGUUGGUGACAACGACGGAGAAGCCUUAGCUGGCUCUACAAUCCCAAUUGCCCCUGUGGCAGAAGACGACGAGGGUCCAGGUGAUCGCGAAGGCCUUUGGAUCACAAUCACACCAACCAGCAGUGCUAGCCCCUUUUUCGAUACCCUCCUAGUCUUGGUUGUUAGUCCAUUGAUCACGUUGACAGUGGUGUAUGCCCUUCUUAUCUUGCGAGCCAAGAUCCGCAGGCGGAGGUGGAGAGCUCCCAAAUCGGUGGUGGAGCGUCUGCCGGUGCGGACAUAUCACACUGUGGCCCCAUCUCCUAGUCUGUCGCCAAGAGUGCCGUCUCCAACCAGCUCCUCGCCCACAACUCCUCUCUUGCAGGGAUCUUCUCAGCCGCGACCACGGUCCCGCACUACCACGGGUGUUCCCGAACCCGCUGAACUCCAGAGAGUGGAUAAUACUCCUCCCAGGACCACGAGAUCGCCUCCUCGUGAGAAGACUGCUCCCCAUAUCUCGAGCGAGUGGAAGAAGUAUAUGGGAAGACAGGUUGAGUGUGUGAUCUGUUUGGAAGAAUAUGUAGACAGCAUCAGCAGGGUCAUGAGUCUACCGUGCGGCCAUGAGUUCCAUGUCGAGUGCAUAACACCCUGGCUUACAACUAGACGGCGGACCUGUCCAAUCUGCAAGGGCGAUGUUGUCAGAUCGCUAGCCCGCGGCUCUCCCUCCACUCCGCGGUACGAGCCUUACCGUGACGACAGUGAUGACGAAAGCGUCGAGGCUUCAGGGUCUAGAGCGAACCGACCGUCCUCUCCCGACAGAGGAUCGGAUAUCGAACAAGGGGGGAUCCUUUCCCCAUCCCCGCAGAGAGGACGCCGAGCUAAUCAUAAUGAAGGAUGGCUAAGCAUGUUGUCGAGCAGUUUGGGGGGCGGGUCGUCCCCGAGAGCACGGCGCGAGGAGUCAGAGGACCGCAACCGUUAG